UAAAUGAUUCGUCAACCUGUAAUCAAGCAUUGUUAUUUUUCGAGGGAGCGCGAUCAUGUAGCAGCGCAAGAGUCGACGGGUGACGAUUCUUACGUCGCUACAGUAUUGCGCUCCACCGAAAAAAAAAUGUGACUGUUGUCACAUGAUCGAAAUCACCCGACUGUCUUGUGACUUGUCCUUUAUGUCUGACAACAACAGUAACAACAGUAGCGCGGCCGCAUUAUCCAACGCUCUCACGCAAAUCUAUCGUCUGAAAGAUGUUUCUUCUGAAGCUGUUUUUCGUGGCUCUUGCUUUGAUGAGUUGUUCUGGCAGUCUUUCUGAACCGUGGGAAGAAGUAGAAGAAGAUGCCGAUAAAGAGGAAGCAGUGAUCAAUUAUGUGACGGGAUCGAUCUGGCCAAAGCCUCAAUCUUACAAAGGAACCGGCAAGGUCUACACGCUUACAUCGAAUAAUUUUUCUUUCGAUUCAGUGGGUGAAACCAGUGACGUACUGAAACAAGCGUUAAUGCGCUACAAGGUUUUGGUUUUUCCAGAUGCAGUUGAAAAACCUAAAGACGGGUUGUCGCAAAUUAUUAAACUGACAGUAAAGGUGUUGGACAAAUACGCUCCGCCCUCACUAGAGUCUGAUGAGUCCUAUAUCCUGGUUGUUGACGCACCUACUACUUCUUUGACUGCUAACACAGUGUGGGGUGCAUUACGAGGUCUUGAAACAUUCAGUCAAGUUGUUUAUCAAGAUCAAAUGGGAUUGUAUUUGGCCAAUGGCUCCAAAAUAGUUGAUCAUCCAAGAUUUCAGCACAGAGGGUUCAUGAUUGACACCUCAAGGCACUACUUACAUCCAUCGAUCAUCCUCAAGUUUAUUGAUGCAUUGUCAUACAGCAAGUUUAAUGUUUUUCAUUGGCAUGUUGUGGAUGAUCAAUCCUUUCCUUUUGUCAGUGAAACUUUUCCACAGCUAAGUGGGCAGGGUGCAUACAACAAUAAAACUCAUGUCUUCACAAAAGACGAUGUAAAUGAUAUUGUGGAAUAUGGAAGGAUGCGUGGAAUCAGAGUUGUUCCAGAAUUUGAUACACCAGGUCACACAAGAUCCUGGGGAAGCAUAGAAAACCUCUUAACACCUUGUUAUUCUGAAGGAAAACCAUCAGGGGCAAGUAAUCCGAACAUUACAACGUGGAUGAAGAAAAUGGGAUAUGGGCAAAACUAUUCUUUGCUUGAGCAGUAUUAUGAGCAACACCUGCUGUCAAUUGUGGAGGGACUUGGUAAAAGUUAUAUUGUGUGGCAAGAAGUUGUGGAUAACGACAUCAAAGUACUUCCCGAUACUGUGGUGAAUGUUUGGAAAGCGGGCUGGAAAAAGGAAAUGGAAAAAGUCACAAGCAAGGGAUUGAGAACAAUUCUGUCGGCUUGUUGGUACCUGAACAGAAUACAAUAUAGAAUUGACUGGGAUAAGUACUACACCUGUGAACCAACGGACUUCACUGGUACUGAAGAACAAAAAGAGUUAGUGAUAGGUGGCACUGGGUGUAUGUGGGGAGAGUACGUUGAUGGAACCAAUAUUCUCCCAAGAACAUGGCCCCGCGCUCUGGCAGUAGGAGAGAGACUGUGGAGUAGUAAGGAUACAACUGACUUAAAUGACGCUAAAAUGCGACUCUGGGAGCACAGGUGUCGUUACGUCAGACGUGGAAUACCGGCAGAGCCUGGCACGAGGUCUCAGUAUUGCAGAUAUGAAUGGAGGGUUUAGAUGUAUGGUAACUCGACGGCAAACUCGUAACCAGUUGCCACCUAUUUGUUUGAAUUUUGAAAUAGAAGGGGCCUGGUUAAAUUUUUUUUAAAAUUGAUUUGUAUAGGUACAAUCCAGAUUACUUUUAAACGAAUCCUAAAUUUUUACCAUAGUUCACUGAAAGGUGUAGUUUAGAGAUGUAGCUUUGUGAGUUUGUGUCAAAAGCUCUUUUGAAGUUUAUUCACUUAUCUAUACUACUAGGAAAUGACUAUAUCAGAGCUUCCAACAAACCAAAUAAAAUU